AUGGCAGUGGUUGUGCACUCAUUUUCAGAGUACAAAAUUUCAGGUAACCUGGAGAAGAAGUCAUACCUUCAUCACUUUGAUUCUCGACCCCUAUCUUACUGGGUCGAGAACCAGUGGGCGACUGGUUCACAUUUCCCAAAGGUCGAGGUUUGGGGGGAGACGCAUGCCAAUUAUGGCAACGAGGUUGCAGACAACAUUUUUGUAGUCCGAGAGCAGAGAGGGAUGCAAUCCGACACGGAGCAGGUGCCACCAGAGUCGGAAAGCAUGGAGGUGUUGCUUGUGAGGAUGUUGGCCAUGGUGAGAAACGUGGCGGUGCCGGCGCGGGGCUCGGUGGAGAAGCUGUGGUGCGACGACGAAGGCAGCAUGGCGGUGGUUCUGGAGUCCUUUCCGUAGCGGUUUCGCAAAAAAAAAAA